AUGUCUCAGAGAAACCCCUUCAAGGCUGUCCUAACUGCAGCAAAGGACACGUUUAUACCUGUUCCUCCCUCGGAGAUUCCACACCUCUCAGAUUUCGACCAUCCUCUAAACGCCCAAGUCGAGGUGUAUGCACGCAAUAGCGGCGACGAGGAAGAAUCUAGGAACAGCCAUUCUGAAGAAUUGGAGUACACCGAUUAUAACGAUUGCUUCGAUUCGAAGGAUCUCACUAAGGAGGAUUUGAAUCAUGAUAUCAAGAAAGAAAUAGAUAAUUUGAACAUCAACGAAAAAUUUGUUGAGAAUUCAUCCUCUUCGGAUAUAAUUUCAAAAGUCCAUCAUUUGGAACAUGGAAGAACUCAUCGGAAGUUACAAAGAAGACAGAUUGAAUUGAUUGCCAUUGGUGGAACAAUUGGUGUUGCAUUGUUUGUUAACAUUGGUACCUCGUUGAAAAAUGGUGGUUGUUUGUCAUUAUUAUUGGCUUUCUCCAUAUGGUGUUUUCCAAUCUUGGAAAUCACUUGUUGUUGUGCAGAAAUGGUUUGUUAUUUGCCAAUUAAAGGUGCUCCAUUUUGUGUUUUCGCUGAUAGAUUUGUCGAUGAAGCAUUUGGAGUUAUGGCAAGUUGGAACUUUUGGGUCUUGGAAGGCGCCUUGAUUCCAUUUGAAUUGACCUUAUUUAAUACCUUGAUUCAUUUUUGGACUGCCGAUUAUAGCUUGGCUAUCCCCAUUGUUGUGGAAUUGGUUGUUUAUUUUCUAAUUAACCUUGCUGCAGUUAAAUGGUAUGGUGAAGUGGAGUUUUGGUUGUGUAUUUUCAAAGUUUUACUAUCGAUUGGCUUGAUGUUGUUCACUUUCAUUACAAUGGUAGGUGGUAAUCCACAACAUCACGCCUUUGGCUUUACAAACUGGAAAUCCACAGACCCCAUGCUUGAAUAUAUCCAUGUUGGUGGGUUGGGGAGAUUCCAAGGUUGGUUGUCUUGUCUAAUUCAGGCCUCUUACAUGAUUGCCGGACCAGAGUAUCUCUCGAUGGCAGCCGGUGAAACCAUCAACCCAAGGAAAGUUCUUCCAGGCGCCUUCAAAGGGGUCUUUUAUAGACUAUCAACCUUCUUUGUUGGCGGGGCACUGUGUGUUGGUAUUUUAUGUAAUGCCAGAGACCCCCUAUUACUCGACGCACUCUCAAAUGGUAAACCGGGUGCUGGAUCUUCACCUUAUACUAUUGCAAUGCAUAACAUGGGCAUCAAAGUCUUACCAACCAUUUUGAAUAUCCUAUUGAUGACAUCAUGUUUCUCUGCCGGUAAUUCUUAUACGUUCUGCUCCUCGAGAACUCUUUAUGGUUUGGCAAUUCAGCGCAGAGCUCCCAAAAUCUUUAGUUACUGUAAUAAACAAGGUGUUCCGAUUUUUGCUGUGUUGGUAUCGUUGGCUUGGGGGGCAUUGGCGUUUUUACAGGUUAGUAAAAACUCAAAUGUUGUGUUGAAUUGGAUUACAAGUUUAAUCACUUCCUCCCAAUUAAUUAAUUACUUUAUCAUCUUGGUCACAUAUCUUCAUUUUAGAAGGGCAGUCAUAAAGCAAGGCAUUGAUCGAUCAAAAUUCACCUUCAAGGCAUGGGGCCAACCUUAUUUGUGUGCAAUCACUCUAACGGUUGUUUUCAUCAUGAUAUGGAUCGAUGGUUAUUAUGUCUUCUUGCCAGGUAGCUGGUCGACAUCGACCUUCUUGUUUACAUAUUUGAUGUGUUUUGUUGACUUUGGUAUUGUCGUUGCGUGGAAAUUCAUUAAAGGCACAAAAUAUAGAUCCAACCCAAUGGAAGUGGACUUACAUACUGGUUUGGAGGAAGUUAUUUUACAUGAGUUGAUGCUUGAGAAGAAGAGGACAUUGUAUCAACAGAAAAGUCCAAUGGCUAGAACAUGGGAAAGAUUGAAUGAAUUCUUAUUCGGCAAGAAUUAA